UAGUCAAAAAUCGAUACUGUAAUCAGCUGAUUGUUUAUAAAUUAACAUUUGUUAUCAUUUGCGGCGAUAAUUACCAUAAUUCAAAUUGUUUUCAAUGUUUUUUCUUAUGUGAAUACAUCCGGAACCAUGAAACAAAGCGUAUUAUUUGCAGUUCUUAUUGUUUUCAUUUAUAAUUUCUCGCCAUCCUUAGCAAGCGAAGGCGACCGGUCACCGUUCUAUGAAAACUGUGUGAAAAAUUGUAGAAUCAAAAACUGCACGGAAGAUGGUGCAAAUUUCACACCAGAGACAGCACACAAGCAGGACUUCUGGGCCUGGCUGGUGGGUUGGCAGUGCCGGGAUGAAUGCCGGUAUCACUGCAUGUGGCGCACUGUAGACGCUUACCAGGAACGUGGUUAUCCCAUACCCAAGUUUCAUGGAAAAUGGCCGUUCCGGCGCGUGUACGGCGUACAGGAGCCGGGCUCCGCGCUGGCAUCGGGGCUGAACCUCGCGGCCCAUGUCUACAUGUACCACCAGCUCAUCGAGGACUACCGCUUCUGCUACAAGCACAGCCCCAUGAUUGUCUUCUGGCACUUCUUCUUCUGUAUCUGCACGCACGCGUGGGCGUGGUCGACGGUGUUCCACGCGCGAGACACGCCCUUCACCGAGUUCAUGGACUACGCGUGCGCCCUGUCUAUGGUCAUGAUUCUAUUCAUCGCGGCUGUUAUCAGGUUGCUGUUCCGCAAGAAGAAGGUGGCGCUAGUAAUUGUUCUGAUGUCGAUAAUGUUCUUCAUACACCACGUGCGGUACCUCUACUCCGGCAAGGUCGACUACGAGUACAACAUGACCGUUAACAUCGUCAUUGGCAUGCUGGCGACAGCGCUGUGGAUGGUGUUCUCGCUGGGCGCGCUGUGCGGCGGGCAGCACGCAGCGCGGCGCUACGUGUGGCGGCUGGUGGUGUUCUGCAAGCUGUCGGGCGCCGCCGUGCUGCUCGAGCUGUUCGACUUCCCCCCCUACCUCGACUACUGGGACGCGCAUGCGCUCUGGCAUCUCAGCACUGCGCCGCUGCCGCUUCUCUUCUACAAAUUCGUCAUGGACGACCUGGACUACAUGGCGGCGGCGUCCAAGAAGUGCGAGCGCUCCAAGAGUACCAAGACUGACUACAAGAUCGCAUAAACUGGCAACAUUCCCACGUUUUCUAGUCACUAUCUCUAAGAUUACAAGUAAGACGCAUUGUUAUCAAGACGGACAAUUUUUAUUCACAAUUUUUAACGGACACUUUGAAUUUGGAACGGACGAGGACAAUACGUUACAAACGUGGUAACCCACAUAAAGACGCGCGGGCACAAUUUUUUUUUCGAUGUUUUUGGCCCGGAUUCAUAUAACUUUAAGCCAUAGAAAAUUCGACUACAAACAGUGACUACUGUUGUCGUACCUAUUUGAAAUUAAUAUCUUUUAUAAAUAAACUGUAAAAUACCGCGCCCGCGCUUUCAUUAUGGGGUGUUAGGGUGGUCAUCCAUCGAGUAUCAGUCGUUUCCACUGCUCGCCGCAGUGUAUGCCAAGUUUGUGUUUCUUCAGCCACGCCAGGCCCUUGGUGGCCGACUUGGUGGAGCGAGGGAGGAACGGCUUCUUCUCCACUGGCAUCGGCUCUUGUUUCACCUGAUUAAAAACAAAUUUUACGAUUAUAUCCCAAUUGGGAUAGUCAGAGAUACAUCCAUCGCAAGAUGAACUAAGGUACCCAUACCACACUGAGCUUUCUGUUAGACCAACGUGGUGAACGGUAUCGCCGUCUAUAAUGCUCGAGAUAACUGUGUAAGUGUAAACUGCACUUAAAUUAACAACUCAUUGGUGCAAGUACGCUACCGCUAUUUAUUAUAAAAUUCAUUUGUAACAUGACCCCUGAUGAUGAUGAUGUGUCAAAACCUUCGUAUGGAGUAUAGCCCUCUAUGGAUGUGAAACUUGGACACUGACACAGAAGGACAGAGAGAGACUCGAGGCCUUUGAAAUGUGGUGUUGGAGGAGGAUGGAAAGAAUAAGUUGGACAGAAAGGGUUACAAAUGAGGAAGUGCUAGUAAGAGUAAGGGAAAAGAGACAAAUACUGAGAAUUAUUGAGGACAGAAGAGGCAAGAUGAUUGGACACAUAAUAAGACACGACGAAUUCAUUAAAAACAUCAUAGAAGGAAAGCUAGAAGGAAAGAGAGGAAGGGGAAGACCAAGAAGAGCUUACAUGGAACAGAUUAAAGAAAAGGUUAACGUCGUGUCUUAUAGGGAAGUCAAGGAAUUGGCCUUUGAUAGACUGGAAUGGAAAAUGCUACACCGACAAGAGCGUGGCUCUUAAAUUGAUGAUGAUGAACAUGACCCCAGAACGGUAAUCCUCCGCCCCGCACCAUAUCGUAUUGGACGCCUACAUCACCCCCUCUGGGUUUUACAUUAGCUUUAAAUGGGGGAAGCUUGCGCGGAAGCUUGCGGCUUGUGUCUCUCGCUCGCACUUACGCGGUAAGGCGGGACACGAUAAGGGUGACAUUUUUGUAUAGUGUCCGGAUGUGUCGGGAUUUUAUUAUCUACUCUUCUAUCGUGUGGGUUGUGAGGUGGAGUAUCAAGCUCAGCAACCCUGGUGUCAGGGUGGUGUCAUUCUUUACUAACAAUAAGAUAUAUUUCAUGAGUCAGAUGCCUAUCCUAGCGGACACAAACUUAAUCUAAUUUUAGUUUGACAGCUCUUCAACUAAUGCGUCCUUCAUUUACAAUAACUGCGAGAAAGGGAUAGAGCUAGUUUUAGUCCUGUCAAAUUAAGUUUUAAGUCGGUGCGUAAUCGGCGCCACAAUGCAGCAUAAGUAAUCCAUAAGUCAAUAAAUAUUUACUCUAGAUGUAGGGCACUCCUAAAGGAGGUGUAUCACUAGAAUUUUACCUUUUUUAUAACAUUAUUAAUGUAUUCGACUGUCAAUGUAGAUGUACAACACAUGGGUAAUGAAUUAUUAAUAAUAAAUAGACAUUUAUAGACAUAUACCGAUUUCAUAUUAUAA